CACAUAGCAGCUGGCAGGAACGACUGCCAAGCAAGUCCAUCGGUCGAGGUCCUAGCUAGCGCAACGACGAUGGCCACCGCGCUCUCCUGCAAGGCCCUCGCAGUGGCCGCGCUCCUGUCCGUGGUGUCCGUCGUCACCUACGGCGCUCGCGCCCAGCAGCAGCCCAGCCACAACGCCUCCGACUCCGAGUCGUCGCAGGACAGGUCCUUGCUGUCCUACAGCAGUGGCUGGCUGCCCGCCAAGGCCACCUGGUACGGCGCGCCCACCGGCGCCGGCCCCGACGACAACGGUGGUGCGUGCGGGUUCAAGGGCACCAACCAGUACCCGUUCUCGUCCAUGACGUCCUGUGGCAACGAGCCCAUCUUCAAGGACGGCAAGGGCUGCGGCUCAUGCUAUCAGAUACGGUGCCUCCGGAGCAACCACCCGGCCUGCUCCGGCGUGCCGCAGACGGUGAUCAUAACCGACAUGAACUACUACCCGGUGGCCAAGUACCACUUCGACCUGAGCGGCACGGCGUUCGGCGCCAUGGCGAGUUCCGGCCUGAACGACAGGCUCCGGCACGCCGGGAUCAUCGACAUGCAGUUCCGGAGGGUGCCGUGCGACUUCCCGGGCCUGACCGUCACCUUCCGCGUGCAGCACGGCUCCAACCCCAUGUACCUGGCCGUGCUCAUCGAGCACGCCAACAUGGACGGCGACGUGGUGCAGGCCGACAUCAUGCAGAACAACUCCGGGUACUGGGAGCCCUUGCACGAGUCCUGGGGCGCCGUCUGGCGGAUCGACCCCAGCCGCCCGCUCUGCGGCCCCUUCUCGGUGCGCAUCACCAACGAGUCCGGCAAGCAGCUGGUGGCCCAGAACGUCAUCCCGGCCAACUACAUCGCCGACGUCGACUACCGCUCCUUCGUCCAGUAUACGAAUUAACCCGACCGGCCGGGCGGGGCGCCCACUGCAUGAGCUAGCUCGAUCGGUCACCUCUGCGACCGUCGUACGUCCGAGAUAGCUCGUUGCUUAAGUGUUCGUGUUUAGUGGCUGCCGUCGGCAACCGCCGGACUGAGGAUUUUUAAACCUCAAUUCCGGCGUGGGGUGUGUGUUGGUGUGUGUCUUGAAGAUGUGUGGGAAAUUAGAGGAGGCGAGCAUCAAUGCGCUCUCCCGCCCACGGUCACUCUAUCAUUACCGGUGUGCGGUGUGUAACCAGCAGACCAUGGAUAUUGGUUAAUACUACAUCAGUGUGAUGUUGUUU